AUGACCUCAAAUUCAUCACCAGAGACCGAAAUCCCCGCCGACACUGUUUACGUCCUGGCCAAACCGGGUCACAAGGUGUCUCACAACACUCGCGUCGAAUGGUUCAUCGGCAACGUCAACCGCCACAUCGUCUUUCCCGCUAGCGGUGUCUGCGCUCAGCUCCCUGAUUGGCCCGCAGACUGUGCGCCCGCUUCCUGGUCCAGUCUUUCCAUCUUGGCCGUCUUGCCCUCCCCUCCCCUCCCUUCCGCCUUUCCCAUUUCUUACUGUAUCCAUCCACACACCACAGUCAAGUACCUAGCUCACUCACAUCGCAUCACCUUCGUCCUAGAUCUCAGCGACUCUAUGCUGCAGCCCUGUUCAACUGGUUUCUCCGUUCUCUAUCACGCCGUCUUUUGCCUCGAAUCUGUUCUCUAUAAACUAAUUCCUCCUUCCUCUGGCCUCUCACUUCCCCUUCCCAACUCCUUCCUCUCACCCCUCUCUCUAUUCAUCAGUAUCAUCGGGGUGGUGCCCAACCGGCAAUCAUUUACUCUCAUCCACGAUUGGGAGGCUUCUCUAGAAGGCAUCAAAUCAGUUAUUGCUGCGGUGAAUAAGCGCCUUUUCCAAUUGGAGACCGCGGAUCUCUUCACUCCAUCCUAUUCUAGCUCUUCCGCCUCUGCUCUUGUGGAUAUGUUACGUCACGGGGUGCUAACUCUCGCUAUGCAGAUGCCGGACUGGGCACCCGCCUCCCUAAUAAUAAUUUCUGAUGCCUGCUUUACCACGCUGGAUAUGGUUGAACUCGACCGUUGUUUGGCACAUCUUCGAGCUGCAGCUAUUAGAUGCUCAUUUAUUGUCCCCUCUGCCAUUGUUACUUCCACUGUUACUGAUUUUGCUCCUGCAAGGACACCAAGAAACCUCCUCCGGGCUAUAUCCACGAGUCCGUGCAUACCGCAGCUGGAUUUAUGUCAAUUUAUUGCUCAUGCUACUGCCGGAUUUUGCUUAACAGGCCUCUCUACGGAUCGGCAAUAUUGGUCCAGACAAACUUCCUCCCAAUGGAACCAAAUUCACGAGCUUCUAUUAGCAUUACGACUUCAAGACGAUGUCGAAAGCACACCGGAUAAAGAGGGUGAUUUAGGUUGGGUGGCAAUAAAUGAAAUUCAACCUUAUUCACGUAUCGUUCACGCAGCUCUCAACCAUGUUCUUGCCUCUCGACUUAAAGAUGGAUAUCGUCUUCGUUCCGUGUCAGUACCUCCAGCAAAACAUGACUCUGUUUCUCCAGCCACCUCUUCUUCCUCCUGGAUCCAGAUUGAAUUAGCUCUCGCUUGGAAACCUGGCGUCGUAUUUCGUCUCUUUUUAGCGGGGGAAUGGUUCCUUCCCACAGGACAAUUGCCCGUUUUCUCUUCUAAUUACUACCUCCUCCAAGCUGCCAAUACAUCUUCAAGAACUAAGCCAAUCGUUUCUGGACGCUAUUGCAUUGCCAACCUCCGCGUUCGUGCUAAUUACUCCCUCCUACGUGCAUUCACCCAGCAGCGCCGUGACCAAGUAACGAGUUCCUAUUUGGCCUCAACCCUCAACCGGUUCGACUUUCAUUUCAGACUGCUCAAUCUUGUUGAUGAUUACCUUGAAAAUGUUUCUUCCUUUAACCUCAAUCCGGAUAUCUAUUCUGUGCCUGUACGGUAUAAAAACGGCCUUUGCUCGGUCUUCAUCACAGCACAGGGGGCGAGUGGCGGAUCUGAAAUUUAUCUCUCUGGUAAUACAGCAGAAGAAAUGGAGCAUGAUAAGUCGCUAUUCAAUUUUGUAUACUACUGGGGUCGCUUACUAACUCUUGACAUUGCCAACUGUUAUCGGUGGAUGCACUCAGAAACCUUAUACGUUGUCCUUGAACAUGACUCACCCCUCCCCACGAAUUUAUUCAUCCCCGUUCCGACCCGACGUGUAACUGACCUUCUUACAUGUCGCCAAUCGCUUGCGCGAAUCCACAGUAUGCUUAGUGAUUGGUGCACGUUUGUGCUGUUGGAAAACCACACCUACAUUCGGCUGGAGUAUCCCAGCCAUGGGUCCCUUGAGGACACUGGCAAUCCAGAGGCUUCCGAGGCACCAUUGUCCCAUGCUUCUUCUCUCUGCGUGCCUUGUUAUUUCACUCUCGUUCGAUUGGAAAUGAAGCUCCCAGAAAUGCGAGUUCGUGUUGCUUUCACAGCAGGUGUUCAAUCGGACUAUCGCCGUGCCACGUUGGAACAGCUUUCACGCCGUUUCCGAGUUCUCAGUUUCUUGCCUCGAGGGAGACAGGCAGUACCUAAAUCGCGUCACAAAUCCGGUACUUUUGGGCCUCUUUACCCUUUUUCACUUAAUCGUGCUGAAGACGUCCAUGUGCCACCACUUCAACGUUCUUGGGGCGAAACUCCCUGUUGCAUGGUGUUCCUCUCUCAACUCGAUCGUCUGAUUGUCGAAACCGGUACCUGGAUGAGUAGUCGACAACAGAACUACCGUACCGCUACCCAGCCAUCUUCAUCGAAUUUCCAGGUGUCUAAGUCCUUUCUCAAGGGCACGGUGACGGAAGUGAGAUGUGAAGUGGCGCCAGCUCUGUUACGCCAGCAUCUCAGCACCUUGGGGUGCAUCUGGGUCGCUCCGGUGGUUUCAAAGUCGCCAAACUGUGUGGCAAAAAUGUUUUCUACUCUUAUGAAUCUGCGGAUUCAGGAGGGCUUCCACUUUGUGCGCAGUGGACCUCAACCCGGUUUCGUCAGCAUGGCCCGAGAGAUCAUGUUCUCUGUUGAUUCUGCAGCAGAGGGUGCUAUAAAACGGCCUUGUCUCAUUCAGUAUCAGCUUUACCCGUUCCGAGUUAAGACAGCAAGGAGUGACCAAUCUAGAGAUGCGAGUGAAAUGAGAACUGCUUCGGAAGCAGUUCAAAAAGUUUUGGAUGCAGCUCUGGCGAGCAAAGUACCUAGGUUAUUUGUUAACCGACUGAAGGCCCUUACUUCUGCCCAACUUAGUUCAGAAAUCCAGAUAGCUACCGAGGUGUGGAUAGAGCCCAAACACGGUUAUGCAAGUGACUUACCAACUGAAGCUCUCUAUCUCGCUAACCUAUCGUACACUCAAGUGGUGGAGCGGAUUCUUCAACUUGACUGUUUCUGCCUGGCAGCUUAUAGCACUCUAGAAAAGAUCCUAGCCGCAUGUUUACUUAGGAUAAUUGAGCUUCAACGUUUAGCAGUACCACCAGCGUCACCUACGUCGAAUGAGAGUCAAACCACUUCCAUGGAAUCUUCGACUACUACCACUUCAAAUUCGUCGUCCUCGACUGCUCCUGCUGUAGCACUGCCUUUUAAUCUUGCCAACAUUACUGCGGUCUGUCCACGCAUGUGUCUUCUUUAUCCCCUGCUUCUAGACGCUUCUAUGGUUCAAGAGACCACUGCAGUGUUGAAAUAUCUCUCAUCCGAGAACGUUAUCACCCGUUUGAUUUUCAACUUAACCCAGCGAAUGCCCUACAUCACACCCAUCCACCUCUCCUCCACCGAUUCAGAUCAAUUUAGUCAUUUUCUUGUGUCGGAAGAGACUGAGGAGAACGCACCAAGGCUGAAUCGCGCUCUGCUAGAGUCAGGAGAAGUAGAAUGGCAGUGUUUUGCCACCAUCGUUAGUUUCAUUGAAACUAUGUCGGGUCUUGGCGGUGGUGAAAAUCGAAGUGAAAGUCGAGGCUUGCACCCGUUACCUACGGAGAACUUUGUUGAAGUCAACAGUGUGGAAAUUGGUGCUUCUCCAGUCACCUUCUUCAUCCUUCCUGCUAACCUGAAAGUCGCUACUUCAUCAUUUUGUCAGGACUUGAUGAAUAACUUACGACAGCGCCUAGGCGACUCAAACCGUCAUGAACCCUCUUUUCCUAUCUUUAUUUACUCCUGCACGCACACCUACCUCUCCUUCCCGCUGGAUGAUCGGUGGACCUACAACCAUCCCGACACACUCAUCGUUGAUUUCUUUAAGCAGGAUAAAGAUGUUUUGGAUGCUACCCUAAAAACUCCGCGUUCAAUCUGUCGCGAGGAAUUAACUUCCAAUCCUCCGGACAGCUUUCUUGCCGCGGCUAAAGGAAACCCUCGGCUGACCACGGAGUUAGGCCUUCUCUGGGCACGUCUACGCGAUGCAUCUUUGGGUUUGUUGAACCUCUGUGACGAGGCAUUCGUUGAAUGUGCGCAUCGGACCCUGUUGCAUGGGCUCGUAGUCUCCGAAGCAGCCAUAAGGAGUGUUCUCACCUCGGAGCGGUUCUGCUCCUCCCUUCCUCCUAUCACUAUCGAUGCAACUGAGUUCCUCUGCUCUACCUGCUCUCACUGUUUCAAUGCUAUUCGAAAUCAGAUGGGUAAAUCGGGCUCCCAAAACCUUUCUUUCUUUCCAUGCAAGAAGAAGAGCCCCGAGGGGUGCGAGUUGCGUCCACACGAUGGUGAACGAAUUCGUGGCCGUCUCUUCUCUGUGCUCAAUCAAUACUUCUCCCCGAUAACACAAUUCCCUGGUUUUUAUUACUUUCGUGGAGGGGAUGAAAUAACGCGGUCUCAUGUCCAUCUGGCAACCGCGCAACGCUUUGACACUUGGCCUAUUCCCAUCACUAACUCGACUUCCCAUAUCCUCGCUCCGCCGCCAAAAAAUUACAUACCGGAAUAUCGGAAGUUGGCUGAGGUGUCGGGCAGCCAAGUUAUGCUUCCUACUUCCUUGCGAUCAGAAAGCGAUACUGAAGAAGUCAAGAAGAAAGAACGUGGUGAAGCAAUGGUAGAGGAAAAGGGAGAUGGGACAGCUGCAGUGCUAUCAUAUCCUAAUGAGGUGCAACCGAUGCCUUAUAGGAAACCCCUCUUUUUGAAGGUUAUUUUGAAGCUAAAGCACGGCGGUGAGGAGGUCAAACUUCCCGUUGAAAACCUUCCAAUAUGCCUCCUGGAUGUGUUGCCCAGCUGUGACGAAGUGAAUCUUCAAGAACUCAGUCUCAACGCGAUUUUUACCCCACUUAUUUGGAAACCGAAGGUUGGGAUAUUUCCCUCUGAUGCUAAUGCUGAAUCUCCCGGCUAUCAGGAAUCUCCUGCAAUUGCUACUGGUCCAGGUGGACAUUUAGAUCCCGUGGAAGAAAGGAGUGAAUCUUUCGACAGUAGCAGUGGUCCAGACGGUGAAGAGUUCUCGACAUUUAGUGAAGCAGGAGAUGGUGCCUUUAAUACGAAUAGUCUUCAACGUUCACUGCCGCUCCCACCAUCAAAAAUCCACCCUUCCCGCCAUGCUCCUUCUACGUCAUCCGAGGUAAUCGAAGACGGUGAUUUUCUCUGCUCUCUGCAUUGGUGUGAGUGUCAUUUGGAGAUUUCCGAAGCCGUUGGUCCAUGUAGUAUCUGUGGAACUUUCAGUAACCCUGAAUUCCUUCGCUAUCUCGAUAGCGAACAGUGGAUAUCGUUACGGCGCACCACACAGAUAUUUCGGUGGCUCCUUCAAGACGAAGUGGUAUGUUCACAGCGUCUACUGCAACCUCUGCUUGUUUCCACAGUGGAGGCGGUUCUUCGACACAUGGAGAACACCAAGUCUCUUCUACUUAACAGCGUUCCAUCCUCUUCCGUACUAAUGCCCUUCCAUAUCAGUCACUCAUAUGCGCUUCUGUCCAAGGCUUGCAUAAGUGGUGCAAAGGGGGCUAAUUCUGGCGUAUCUGGUGUGUUGCUAGACCUGAUGAGAGCAAUUGGAUGGGAGAGCGUGGGCCUUGAGUUUAUUGUUAAAUCGGAAAAGUCAGUUCCACGAUUUCUGGACCGACUGCAGAGCAUCUCUUUCCGUUAUGCACAAGCGCAGCUUGAUCGUAUAGGGGAUUACUAUGUGGUGUGUAGGGCUGAACCGUUGCAUUCACCCCUUUUGUCAUCAUCACCUCAGCAGGAGAAACAUGAACAACAUCCACUUGUAAGAAGCACCUCAGAAGCGGGAAUUUCCGUACAACUCGAGACGGAAUGUUUAAUGUUUAAUGCCUUCGAAACGCAGAAGGUGUCUUCACGCUCAAUGUCGCUGCCAUCAGCUCCACAGCCAGCUCUGGAUAUCCCUGAGUGCGAGGUAAGUGACGACAGUGCCGAGUUUGAGUCUCUCACUUCAAAGACCCGUGCUUCGUCUUUUGCUUCGCUGGAACGCCAACCAACCAUCGCUACCACCACUGACGCGAAGACUGACGUCACCGGCUUCCCCCUGGCAUCUCAAUUUCCACCUCAGGAUUCUCUCAACCUCGUCCGCCAGAUAAGUGGUCCCAGCCUCCCCGCAUUCUGGCUUAUCUUCCGUGUCGGAAGUGCCUCCAUCCAGGCCUUCUUUCAUCAUUCCGACACCCACCGUGAGCCCUCGGCUGUCGAAGACGCCUGUCCGCAUUGCGUGGUCUUCCGUCGUGCUCUGGAUGACAUUCGAUCAACCUUACGCCUAGUUAGUCAAUCCCUCCUUCUCGACCAACUUGUCCUCGACCACCUCUGUGAUUCUUCCCUCCUUCCUGAACCUCUGGAACCACCACAACGGCCACCGCGAAAUCUACAAACUUCUGCACCUUGCAAACGAAAGCCUCUGGUACCAACCUACGUCCAGUCUCGUAGUGUUGUUGUAUCUGCUUCUUCAGCGACAGAUUCAGAUAACACUGAGGUCCAACCAAUGGUUGAGAACUCCCUUCGAAAGAAAUCUCUGCCCAACGAAAUUAACUCCGUUUCACCAGAGCCCUAUCCACCCGGGUCGUUGGCUUGCCCUCCUAAAUUUGUUUUCAGUAUGGAAGUCUCUCCCCGUGCUGUUAUUGCUGGAGAACGCGGAAAUCAGGUGCUUCCAGAACUUCGGCGCUUAUUAGAGAACUUUGCAGUAAUGAAUCGGAAAAAUAUGUUCGUUUUCGAUGACUCGGAGCCUGCCUCGGAUACUGCGAAACCAGCUCUGCGGAGAAACUUCAUUCCGCGCAUCUUCUACAUGCUUUUGCGUGAGGUGCCCCUCGAAUCAAGUCCUGCUUUUGAGACACCCCGUAGAACCUCUCCCACUAACCCAUCUCGUCGAGAAAGUCUUCCACUCUUUCUAGGCAGCAGUUCGAGCAGUCUUAAUCGAAUCCAACUGCAAGCUACACUGCAUGGAAUAAAUUCACCUAGCCGACAUUUCUGCAACUUUGUUAGAACUCUCCUUCAGUCCUUGCUGGAUAAAAUUGUCCUCCAGUGUCUCCAACAGGUCUUAUCACGCACUGUUCUCUUCCGCUUUGCGUCGCAUGAUUUUGACUUCCUCUUCGCUCGUCGGGGACAUCUACCUCGACAUCAGUUGUUCUUCACGCUUCCAAGAUUUCUCACGGAUUCUUCGAAGGUUCCACACUUUCCUAGAGGAACAUUAAUCUUUCCCUUCUGUCAGUACCUCAAACAGAAUCUCCUAACUUUCAUGACUGCUGCAAAACCAGAGAGGGAAGUCCUCUCCUGUCUUCGGAAUCGUUUCGGAUGUGUUGAGGUGAUGCUUUACCACCGUCGAAGGGGUGUUGGGACUGCCAAAUUUGGUCUAGUGACAGCUGUGGUAGAUCUCCUUCAAGCAGGCACUCAAGAACCCUUCUGCAUCACAUCGUGUCUCGACCUCCAGGAAUGGCUGCGUCGUCAAGAAAUCAGUGAAAACACAGCAGGCGUUGCUAGUAUGGCCGAGCUGGUAGGAUGUCUAACAGACCUUCAGACUUCUCACGACACCGUGUCAUCAUCUCCGGACCGUCUAGCUGUGCGUCUGCGGCUCUGGGAACGUGGAGAGGUUGACCUAAAGCUCUUAACCGAGAAACUUCACGCCGCAGUGCAAAACGCUCUCUAUGACCUAAUUAUGGAGUACUUUGUACUCGGCCUCCCCGCGUGUUUGAUUGAGGUUCCAGUGUUCAAAAGUCGCUCCUCUGACAUGCCUUAUGAACCGAUAACAAAGACUGGUGCUCAACCUUCUACUUACUUCGUUCCUGCGGAUUCCAUCCGCAUGUCUGGUUUUUUCUCUCACACCCUUCUUCCUUGGUUAGGCGUUACUACGUCCACUCAGCUACCUCCUGUGAUUGAACGCAAACUGCAACUGGUUUCGUUGCAGAGUAUUGACCUCUUGGUUGAUGAAUUAGUUCAUCAGUUGAACGCCCUUGUCGAGGAGAGACUAGGUCGCCCAGCGAAUUGGUGCAAGUGUCCUCCCCUCUCCACAUCGACACCUCCCAAUAGGAGUGGCCGAAUCAAAUCAACGACGAUACAGCAACAGUUGGCAUCGAUGACAUGCCCCUGCCAGCAGUGCAUCAAUUUUUUUGCCUUUGAGGCGGUAGAUGCAAAUGGAGAGGAGUGGGUGAAGUUUUCGAAGCGACGCACAUUCAAACAGAAGGGCGGAGUAUUUGUCCAGCCCAGGGAGUUUGUCAUCGUGGGGAAGAAUCAUGCAGUGUGUCGAUACGAGGCGGCCUUUAUUAGGUCGUCUGGUGGGCAGACGACAUCUCCAGGAAAAUCAGAUGGGAAAGAUAGAUCUACACCAGAUGAAGAGCUCAAAAUUCCCGUGAAAAAUGUUUCUUCGUGGUCUGGUCGCGUUCCAAUUCAACGGCAUCAGACUUUAGAGCUUCAGAUGCAACCCCUCCCGACUGAAGUAUCUAUGGAAUCGAUGACGACCCUAGAGGACACUUCUUUUGACACUUCAUCAUCCACUCUGGUCAAUUUACCUUCAGUCUCCUCCACCACAGUCUCAGACGUUCCAGAGUUCUGUGAGAUGCAGUUCUGUCUCCCUCAGUUCCUUUUCCAUUCAUCAAAACCAUCGACAUCACCAAUAGUCGAGGGAUCUGUCUCCACUACUACAGCUACCAUCGCUGGAGAUGGUGGCACUUCAGGUCCCUGUGCCUGUCUACAAGUGCCACGACAGACUUUAUGUCUAAUUCAUCUUCGAGGUCGUGAGGUUCGUAUCUACCUCUACAAUUGGAGUCGAGAUGAUGCCGACCGUCUAUUGCAACGCGUCGACUGUCUUCUGUUAAGCUGCCUGUCCCUGCAGAAAACAGGUCUUUUUCACUGUCUUCGCACACCUAGCCACCUCCGAUUGUUGAAACAGGCCGUUCAUCUGAGUGAUCACCUCUGCCCUCCAGAACUGACACCUUCUACUUCGACUGUAGUAUCAGCGCCGUCUGCUAGUACGGCAUCCCGAAGUAUUCGCCGGCGCCUCCUGGAAGGUUUGGUUGGUAGUGGGGCUCCUCUUCAACCUCCAUCGCAAACAGUUGCGUCACCUUCACAAGUUACGUCGUCUGCAGAGCCUCUGACGCCGCCUCAACCGCCGACACCAUCUGCUCCUCCGUCGAACGCCUCGGCAGGUAUCUCAACUCAUUCUACUUCACCCGCUACCCCGAGUACUGAAUCUACGCUCCUCCAUCUUGUCCAGCCCCAACCUUUAUACCUUCAGCAGCAUCUUAGAGUUGGCGGGGAAAUUUUACGGGAUUCACGAGAUCUAAAUCUUACAAGGAUUUACCAGAACUGCGCCCAAGUUGCAGCUCUUGGCAAUACAUCGGCGACUGGAGUGGAGUAUCUCGAUGUGGUACACCUUCACGUGGAUCAGGCCUUACGGGUGGUCAAGAACGAUUGGCGCCGUGCAGAACAGUUGCGUCUCAUUACAACGCCUUUGAAGGCCUGGAUGGCUGGUGAAUCUUUUAUCUUGGAACAGUACACUCCCAUGGAUUCCCAGAGUCAAGUGUUACCAUCCCUACCCCCGUUGACGACGCCCCCACUAACAGCCUUCUACUCGGCCGCGAAACGGUAUGGUCGGACCCUUCACACUGUCUGUUCACCCUUCCUUUUUUGUCCGAGUGCCCGAAUUGAUGCUUUGCAACUGCGGGAACUGGAACAGAUUGCAGAAGAGGAGGGCUAUCGUAAUCUAGCAAAGGGGGAAGAGCAUCAAAAGAAUAUUGGGAAGGAGGAAAGGAGGGGACACAAUGAGACCUUCGUCAUGGAAGGAAAGUCAAGCGCACCAUUGGAGGGUGCCGUACAAUCCUCACCACCGCCUAAAACAGCAGUCCAACAACGUCGUGGUCUUACAUACCCCCUCCUCGUGACACCUAGUGUUGUACGGGAUUCACCCUCUUGGAUGCAAGAGGCAAAAGAUUGUCUUCUACAGGAGUUUAUGACCUACAUGACUCACCAGAUGCACUUUACUGUCAUCCUCUCCACUUUGGACUCUGAGUCCCCGAAGUUGGAUCAUCCGUACGCUCUCCUUCAACGGUCCGUUAAAGUGGCCGGUAUCCAUCUGGUAGAGAUUUUUAUUCGCGAUUGUAUCUUCUGCGUGCGCCUGAAGGCGAUUGAGCUAUGUCGGCUGACUCGCGCCGCCUCCCGAGCGGUGUUGACAGGCCCACUGGCGGUGGAUUUGGUUGGUCGGGCGGCGGCGGUGGCUGCUGUGAAAAUCGCCUCCGCUAUGAUUGAUCCAUUUUCCAUGACUUCUGGUGGCAGUGGAAGCAACACAACAACCGUCAAUGCUGCUGUUUCAGCAUCAGGUUCAUCAUCUAUUGCUAGCAGCUCCUAUGUGGUCAAGUGGGAGGAAUCGAGUCGUCUUUGUGACUGUGUGCAUCUUCAUUCCUUCCUAUAUGACUUCUACCUUAGGAAUGUGGAUUCCUUCUUGAGGCUUCAAUCGGACCUUAUUGGCCAAAGACUGCAAGUGCCCAAUUUGACGUGGGCUUUGCCCCAGAUAUCAAAAGCUCAGCGACGCAGGGGUGGAGGUAGUUUUGGGGCUUCACGACACCCCUUCUUGCCCGCCAACUACCCGGUUGUGAGUUUUCUUCGUGACCUUGCUCGCAUUAUCCCGCUGGCGCCAGUUUUUGCACGUGGAACCUUUACACGUCUACCCAUGUACCUUCCUGUGGAUGCGAGAAUCAAGCCCAAACAGGUGUUUGAACACCUCAUUGAGGCAAGACAGGCCUACGGUUUUAAGGCCUUCGAUCUGGGCAUCAACUCGAGUCUGCCGACGCACGCACGCUUCGGGUUCUGCAGUUUCUCCUCCCCCCGCUGCCCCUCAACCGUCACCUCGGACGAUGCCGCUCAAUCGCUUUCCGUUCAUCCUGCUGGUGGUGACAAUGAUACUUCUACCUCUUCCACCUCCGACUCAGAAAUGGGAAUCGUGGAAGCCCUAAAAUUAGUUGCACCGACGGAGGCGGUGAUGGGGGGAGUGGCCCCACUUACUCCUCCACAGCGCCCUUACCACCGCAGUUAUUCUCGUCCACCGCAUUCUACUUCUGCUUCAGCCUCCACUCCACGGUUCUUUCCGCAGCUUCGAUUACCCUGUCUGAAGCACUUCUCUCUGGCUUGCGCAGCCUAUCUCGACAAAGAGGCAGAGGUAUCAUCAACGUCGACCGAAGUCGCGGGGUCCUCGACUACGCCUCAACGCAUCGGCAUCUCAGUAUUUGUUAUUCUCACUGAUCAAUGUCGAAGGUUUCCACGGGCGCGACUGUCUUCCCUGCCGCAUGGGCUGUCUGCUGAGCACCAAACGCCCGUCGAAUGGCCCGCAAUUCGACCAGGUUUGAGUUCGGACAGGGAUCUAAACACUCUCUCGCCAAAACUUGUGCGUUCAGGCAGUCAGGAAACUACUCCAAUUCUUGCUGGCGACUCGUCUUCAGCACUCCCACUGUCGUUGGCCAGCGGUCAACGCUGUCGACACACUUCUUUGAAUGUCUUUGCUCUUGGUGAAUCGACCGUCGGCACCACCCAUGGCAGAGGUCGAAGCACCAUGUCUCGAACAGUCUCAGGGGAAGUGACAACCCUUCAACACGAUCCCGGCCUUCGCUGGAAGAUCUCCUACUUAGGUGUUUGGCCCUCGCACCAAAUUGAGCUCCGACGCGCGCUGAAACUAGUGCACCACACUUUGUAUCUCAGCAUGCCCCAUGUUAUCAACUCAGCCAUUCUUAGUUGCCACAAGAACCUUCUGUGGUAUCGUCUCUUCGACGCCCAGUACUUCCCUCUUAUUCCUGCAUCUACCCUUCCACCAACACCAUCUCCGUCGAGUGCCGAAGAAGUAGAUGAAAUCGGUCAGGAGGCUGUAUCCCUCCUUUUCUCCGAGGUCACGCAUCGUGGACUGUCGUGUGAAGAGUUCCGGGAUCUUAUCAAUUCGGCACCUCUGAAGGUUGACCUCCUUCGAAUGGACCCGAGGAUUUUGGAUUUGCUAAACAUUAGUGGAGAACACUUAGCCUCCUCUGUGGUGAAUCAUCUCAAUUCCAGUGGUGGAAAGACAGUUGCUUUUUUGUUCAACGAAGCAAAUGAAUCGAGUAGUGGGCGGACGCAUCUAGUGGUUAUCGAUCCCUCCUUCCGUGAAGGCCUUAUUCAUAUUUCCUGGCGAUGCGAGCAUGGAUCAGCUCAACAGACCCAGAGGCAUUUCUCGAGACUUUCUUGGGAGACUAAAGUGGAACAAUCGCCAUCAGCUAUUUCCAAAUUCUCUUCCUUUUUGCGGACCAUACUGUCGCCCAUGAAACAACCCGUGGAAGGUGUUCCACUUACCGAGGCCUUAACAGAGGUUGAACCUUCUUGGAAGUUAUGUGACUUCACCAUGCGAGCUGUGUUCCGUAGCGCCGACAGCAUUGAGGCUUCCGUGCGUAACCUCUCAGGAUCUGCAAUAGCGUCUUCCUCCGGUUGUUCGGCGACUGCCACCUCAUCCACCAAUGCGAUGGCUUCAAACCUCUACCGCACUCAACUAAUGUCGGUGUUGAAGCUUAUCGUGGAGAUUUUGACGCUGCAUGUGUGGCGCGAUUUACACUGA